AGGCACGCCGAUGGAGGUCCUGGUGCUGGAAAACCCAGGCAUGUGGCUCCAUCAGCAGCUCGCCUACGAGUUCGCCACGGAGUGCAGCGAGUCGCAGGCCGUGGCGCUGCUCGAGCGGUCGGGCGCGGCGCAGGACGGCCCGCGCAGCAGCAAGAGGCAGCGGCAGAAGCUCCGCCGGCGCCUCGCGGCCGAGGAGGCCGCCGCUGCCGAGGAACCGCAGCGGCAGGCGCGGCCGCCGUCGCAGGAGGCCCCCACCGUUGGCGCCGAAGCGGGGCCGGCCCUCCCCAUUGCGCGGGAGCGCGUGCCGCCAGGCGAGAGCGCCACGGAGCUGCUCAGCGCCGACCCGCCUGAGGAGCACAGGGCCGAGCUGCGGAGCGGCGACGGCGACGCCCUGCACCCGGUGGGCCGCGGAGGCCUCGACCAGCUGCAGCCGAGAGAGGGCAGCCUCGAUCCGCGCACGCCGCACCACGCCUUCUCGCCGGCCGUGCUGUCCGAGACGCCGGGCAGUGUUCAUGAUGACUGCGACGCGCUGACCGAGAUUAGCUCUGCCACGGGUCUCAGGACAAGCAGAUCGAACUCUGUUGCAGGAGGCUACGGCGUGUCGUCCCUGUCACGCACGCACCUCAAGCACAUGGCGAUGCUGGAGAGGACAGCCAGGGCGGCAGGAGGGGGCGGAGCGCCGCGGGCGCUCCGGCGGCGCCUGGCACGACGACAGCCGCCUGGAGUUCCUGCUGCGGAGCCGAGACCGCUUCGCCGCGGAGGUGGAGUGGGACCGCACCUCGCAGUGCUCCGUGCCCGCCUCCCUCGACGAGGGGUCCCUGUAUCCCGUCGGGCUAGAGUCCCGGUUCGCGCACCUCUUCGACUCCCCCUUGCGGAGCCAGAGGACCACGCCGCUGCCGUCGGAGGCCUCCCGCGCGGACGACGUGGAGAGGCUGCGGGCCCAGUGGGAGGACACCUUCGACGAGAUGCACUCGCUGACGAAGGCACUGGAGAGGACGGAGACCGAGCGCGAGAUGUGGAAGGCGAAGGCGGAGGAGCUCGAGGCGCGCCAGGAGCGGGAGAGCCGCAUCGCCCGGGCCAGGCAGCCGCUGGCCGCGCAGGGCGUCGCCGAGCGCCUCCCCGGCGCCGACGACGCGGGCUGCCACUCGCCGCGGCUGGAGC